GGGGAUGAAAAAUUAGUUACGGCAUCCAAGACCUAAAAGGAACUCCGGCGCCGCACGGUCAGAUCGCAUCGUGCAAUGUUAAGCGUUAAGGUAGUCUCGUGCGUCUUUGACAGUGCCGGUUUCGAAAUUAGCUACUACCUGCAUCGUCAUUAUACUUGGACUCGUGGUCGACGUGACAGCCAUUGCUAUAAGUGCGACAAAGUUAUGUGUGUGUAAUAUUUUAAAUAAAAACUCUAUAACGUGAGUGAGAUGCUCAGUGAGGAUAACUCAGUGAAAAUGAUUCAUUCGAAGCACCAACAAUCAGUGCAUCAACAACAUCAGCAGCAGAAUAUGCGAAAAUCUGUGGGCGUUAUGGGUACCAGACGUAUUUUUACAACAGCUUUUAAAAUCAAGGUUUUGGAUUCCUAUAGAAACGACAAGGAUUGCCGGCAGAAUCAGCGUGCAACUGCAAGAAAAUACGGCAUUCAUCGUCGUCAAAUACAAAAAUGGCUGCAAUGUGAGGAGCAACUCAGAAAUAGCAUCGAAAAUGGGAAUACUGGGACCGUCUCAUCGACAACUGCCUCUCCUACGAGUGUUUCUAAAUCGGAUACUGUGACGGAAGUUACAGGGAGUACCGUGACUCCAGUAACGCCGGCCUUGAACCUCAACCUCGCCAGACAGCACGGCGACGAGCUGACUACACAGCAAGGGCCCCCACCUUCUCAUCCUCCGCAUGGCAGUGCACCCUCCUCGCCCCAAUAUAGCCUUCAGACUACUACCACCGGCACAAUUUUGCCCUUAUGUCUAGGGACAUCUCGUUAUCCAGGAUAUUCAUCGGAAGGUCUUCGUUUAUACGAAGAACUCGAAGAUAGAGUUCACAUACCAGAGGUUCAUGGAUACUCAAACACGCAGUCGGAUCAGGACCGCAAUUACUACGUAUUAAACGGAGACGGACAGCAAGAUGCAGAAGCAGCUUCAGCUAACUUUGAUGGCAGAAACGAGAUGAAGAUAUAUCAAACUUUGACGAGUUACCAUUCACCACAUCGAGAGCAUCGAUACAACGUAAAUGAUAUCAAUAAUAGCGCGCGUAAUAAUCAUUCGCCGAAUCAUCAUCCUCAGCAGCGAGAGCAGAGUUAUGGGAAUGUCGAUUCAUUCGACGGGAAAUCGUAUAGCCUGCUACUAGCGCCGUCGAUGAUAAAGACAGAGCCAGCAAGUCCAGACACAGCGGCGACGUCAGGGCCGUACGAACCGAUGGACUCUCCCGGUGGCCCACGGGCCCCACUCUCGUCCCCAGUAUCGCAUCGAGGGGCUGAUAGCGGUGGCUCUUCGUCGUCCGUUCACUUCGUUGAUUCUUCACGAGCUCCUGCGAGCCCGUACUUGCACGUGCACGCGCAUGAGCACGCACACACGUGCCCACCGUUGGAUUCCGAGAAGCCGAUCCCAUCGCUCUUGCACGAGCAAGAGAGAGAGUCAGAGGAGACAACGCAGCAUACCGAAGAGAAGAGAGAGGAAGAAAUGCAGAAGACAGAAUAUUGCAGAACGUUGAUUAAAGAAGAAGUGCACUUGGAUGAGGAAGAAGCGUACGAUGAAGGGGAAGAAGUAACUGCGUCCUCGUGCGUUGACUAUCAACGACCACCUGUUGGUGGAUCGUCACUAGUCACAGAUAGUUCAGGAUCAGUAAGCCUUAUAUACGAUCGCAAUAGUUACUCCUUGCCUUCGAGUCCUCAUGAUUGUGCUAACGCUGGAAGAUCCAGAGUGGAAGGUCCAGGGGGAAGAAGCAGCUGGUCGGAUAGUGAAGUGGAUAGUGAUCACCUCAUUUCCACCAACAGCUUAAAUUCAUCCGGCAGUUUUACUCGCAGACGAUCUUUUUCUCUGUGCUUUAAACUCAAUGUUCUUGAUGCUUACCAUCGAGAUAAGGAAGUAAGAAAAAAUCAACGAGCUACCGCGAGAAAAUUUGGCAUAAAUCGUCGCCAGGUACAGAAAUGGCUGGAUCAAGAGAAAUAUCUCAGACAUGAAAUCGCUCUUCGAGGAGAUUUGCGUCAACGAUUAGGUCCUAUCCAGGGUGACUCACCAUUGGAUUUGACAACGACAAAUUACGCUCCGUUGCGACAAGUGACGAAUUGUGUUUCGUUGUUACGUGACCGACUUGAGAUUGAACAUGAACGAUUGCCAACGCACAUUCUUGGCGAUGGUUUUAUUUCUUCUCAACAUCCCUUAAAUUAUCAACAGUGCACCGCAAUAGAACCAUCCUCUGAGAUAGAAUCCGUAGCGCCCUGCAAUCUAUCUUGUUCCAUAGACAGUCAUACUACGAUGUCGACGACAUCUUCUUAUCAAGAUCUGUCUUUAAGAGAAUCCUGUUACACAGAGUCUUCGAUUAAAACAUAUUGUUAUUCUCCCAGAGCAAAUUCCGUGAUUUCCAAUUUUUCUGAGGGAUGCGAGCAAAGAUUUUCACCUCUGAAGAGACAACAUUGUAUGCUUGCUGGCUGCUACGAUGCGAUGCCGUCACCGAAAAGAUCUUGCGAAAGGUACCCAGAUAUGGACGACUCCUACGACGUACCUCCUCAAGAUACACCUCUUUGUCUCGUAAAACCAAAAUCCGCACAGGAAUUCUCUCGAACGGAACUGAUUACAAAAUCAAUCAAUACUGUAUCGACUUCGAAUAAUCCUGAUGCCAUCACUUUCAAACCUUACUUAGAUAAUCCCGUGAGCAAACCCGUGAAGAAAUGCAUCGUCCAGCGCGAUUUAUCUCCUAUUAGUUAUAAUAUCAACAAUAAUAACAACAAUAACAGUAAUUGUCAGAUAAUUUGUAAUUUCAACGAGGGUCAAAAUCUAUCUCACAAUUAUGAUUUUGAGCUUAAUCUACGAGUGCCCUGGAGACCUGAUUUAGACCUGUAUAGACCGGGAUUCCCGCAGAGGAGUGCGUUUGUUAGCGUGUCCUCACUCUACAUGUAAUUUCUUUUCGAGCUCCCAUUUUUUAAUGAUCUAACAUUGACAACAGAAAACUAUAGGCUCAUGAAACAAUUAUCCUUCAGGUCUAUAUUUCUUUUGUCCCAUCUUAUAUAGACAUUUUCUUUAAACGUAGAAAAAACACGAUAACGAUCGAAUUGCAUUAAUUCAAUUAGUUUGGGAGUGUAAAAAUCGGACUCGCAGGUUUCUCAGAUGAGAAUGUACCGGCGAAAGAUCGAUUGGUGCGUGAUCUACUACACGUAGCGCACCACGUAAGCACUUAUCGUUUCCACGGAUCGUUGGUACCGCGCUAUACAUCGCGAUAAAGUCUUAAUCGGCCAUUGGACGACCAGAGGCGUGGAAGGAGAUUAUACAUGGUCGCGUCCUCGGCUGGCAUCUUCUUCUAACUUCAUCAGACCUGCUCGACUCUCCCCUCCGCCAUCCGCUUGCUCCUCUCGAAAAAUUGUAUAGAUAUCCUAGCAGAUCUUUUUCCACCACUUUAUCGUCGAGAUUAGAGACCGGUGGUUAUCGGCUAGGCCGUUUAGAGGUCGAAUUCGUUUGCUAUAAUUACAGAAUUAUGUCAGAAAGCAUCCAUUGCGUCGCAUUAAAAGAAAGUUCGCAGAAAGAAAUGUUUGAGCCAAAAUACCAUGAAAUAUCAUAAAAUGUAAUAAAUUUGUUUUUACAGUAUGAUAUGUAAAAUAAGUAAAAAUAAUUUUAUAUGCAUACGAUCUUUUUUGCUUAUCUAAUCAAAUUUUCAUUUCGAUUUUUUAUAACGACAUUGCGUAUUGUGCUAUACAGAUGCAUUGCAUCAGACAAAACAAUUUUCAGGUCACGUUUCUUUCAUUUUGUCUAUUUUCUACGGAAAGCUAUCCGCCGACGGGCGUUGAUCGCACGAUUUCUUGGUAGCACGCCACCCAUAGCUUUCUGCGAACUGGUCGCGCGAUCGCAUUCAUCACUGAUCGUGAAUAUGCAUUCGAUCUGCAGAAAUCACUUAAUUGCUCAAACAAUUUCUUCCAUGUGCGCACAUAUAUCACACGCGUACACCACAUUAUAUAAUACAACUUUGUCAUUUCUCUUCUCAUUGUUUGACAGUUGUUGUCUAUAUUUUUCUUGCUUUCGUGUUUCCAUUGUUCUCUCUUUAAAUGGAGAUCCUGUCUGUAAAUAUAUAAAUAUAUAAAUAUGUAAAUAUUGAAAAAAAUUAGUAAGAAUGUGACAUUGAAUUCCCGCAUCAAAGACUAUGAUGCAUUCAGAGGAUAUAUGUAUUAUAGUGUUAUUUGAAAAUGUUUAGAGUUUAAUCGAUUCUUCCAUUUGGGAGAAAUAAUCUAUUUUUGUAUGAUUCCG